AUGAUCCCGUUCCUUCUGCACUCGUCCGCGUUGUGCGUGUGUCUCCUAGCGUGCGUGCUGUUGUGCUGUGUCCAUGCGGCCUCGCCCGACGCCCACACGGGUUCGCACCCGCCCCGUCUGUCAUCCGCAUACUCUCAUCCUGAUGGCGACCGUCCAGUAGUCUGCGACACAAAGCGCCUCUCGAAAAGGGCUCGCAUUGGCAGUGCGGGAAGAUCCAGCGUCGCUUCGCCUCCCCCAUGCGCGCGUGCUGACCCCCUCGCCCUGCCAUCCCUCAACGCGCCCAGCGGGUCCCCUGCCACCGCCGCCACCACGCCAUGGCGGCAGCGCGUGCGGCGGUUCCCUCCGUGCGAGCAGCCGCUGCCCGCUUGCGAAUCAAACCUUUCUGCGCCCCUCCCCUCCCAGCCUAUCACCCCCGCCCGCUCCUCCCAGACCCUAAUCUCCAAAGCGUCUCCCCACGGUGCGCUCGCCCUCCCCCCGCAAGGGCACGGGCGGGGGGCGCAGCGCGGCGAGCCCGCUCGUGGGGAGCGCGCGCAGAUGCGGCAGAAGGCGGGGGAAGGGCGACGGCGGCUAGCAGGGUUGUGGCGGGGGAAGGUGUGGAGGAAGGCGAGGCGGAAGGCGUGGGAGCGACGGCUGAAGCAGCAGAAGCCGUGGGUGCGCGAUGCGAGGCGGUACCUGCACAGCGGGGACAGCACGGGCAGCAGCACCCUCAGCACGGCGCUGGCGUAUGAGAACCUGACACGUGUGAACAUGAACCCCUUCGACAAGCUGCACCCCCGGCAGGGAAGGCGCGAGGUGCUGCUGGGGUGCCGUGGGGCGCCGUGCCCGAACAUGAAGCAGUGCGAGGGGCAUGGCGCGCAGUGGGGGGCAUCAAAGGUGCACGCGUGUUACGACCCUGGAGUGGGCGAGGAGACAGCACACGCGGUGGAGGCGCCCGUGAACUGUCCGCGGAUCAGGGCGGGCGGUGAGCAGGUGCGCUUCGACCCGGCGUGCUCGCACGCGGUGGACGACGCGGCGGUGUGGCUGUGGGCGAGCCAGGUGUUCGAGGUGGAGAACGUGUGGGUCAACGCACGCGGCCAGGCCUUCAACCACCACCUCUACUUCGACCGAGGCGGCUGCGGCAGUGACCACCAGUUUGUGCAUGCAGCGGGCACGGAGGUGGUGGAGUACGAGGCGGUGGUGAACCUGGCGCACUGGAACACGUGGCAGUUCUACCAUGGCCUCGUCGAGCUGCUGCCGCUCUUCCUCGCCCUGCGAUCCCUGCGCCCCCACAUCCAAGACGUGCCAGUCGCCCUGCAGCUGCUGCAGGUGGAGUUCAUGGAGCAGGUGGGGUCGUUUGUGCUGGGGCUGGACUCCAUUGACCUCAACGCCCGCGUCAUUCCCAACCACCAACUCUUCUUCGCCCGCCGCCUCUACCAGCCACUCUACACAUGGUGCGGCCACCCCUCGCCCUCGCUCUGGCACCGCCUGCGCCACAAUCACCUACUGCCGCCCAAUGGCCUCCCCUUGAUGCGCCCUGAUUGGUCCUUGAUGCGCCGUGCAUCGUCCUCCCUCGCACAGCCCACCGUGUUGGACGUGUCCUACCCGCUGCCCCCCCCGGCCGACUGGGUGGUGGUGGUGGCGAGGCGCAUGGGCACGCGCGCCCUGGAAGGCUUUGACGACAUGCUGCAGGGGGUGAGGGGCGUGGUGCAGGGCGCACGAGGGGCAGAGGUGGGCAAUGCGGUGGGGCGAGUGGUGGUGUUCGAUGGCUCACUGGACAUCAGUGCCGGUGAGAGCCAUGCAUUCAUGUGUGCGCCAGCGUCAUUCAUUACAAUGACUAUCCCCUGCCUUCCAGAUUGUCUUCCAACCGCCUCCCACAGCUCCUUGACUCAUGCACAUGCCUGUGUUGUUUUGCCCGAGUUAUGCACCAAUGCCGCUGCCAAUCUUCAUUUCUUCGCUAGCACCAUGCUUUAUAGGGAAAGCCCACACGUCGUUGAUGCCAACCCGUCCCCCGCACCCAGCCCUGCCAUCAUCUCCUUUUCUUUCCACCUCCCUUAUACAAACCUUUGCUUUGAGUGUCUACCUUGGAUCUCCUUCUUUCCCUUCCCCACUCGCGCCUCCCCCGCGCCGUUGGGAGGCACAGCAUAUCGCCUCUUCCGGCGCACGGUGCUGUUGAUAGGGGUGCACGGGGCAGCGCUCACCAACCUCAUCUUCAUGCCGCGCAACGCCACUCUGCUGGAGCUGCGGCCCAGAGGCAUGGCGAAUGCAUGCUACCACCACCUGAGCAGUGUGUGCAGCGUGCAGUACUACCUGCUGCUGUGCGACGGUGGCAAGGACACCCCUGUCACGUGCCACAUGGAUCACCUCAUGGCUGCUGUUGAGGAGGCGUGGAAGGGAGUGGAAGAGACAUUUGGCUUGUGA